AUGAGGAGACUGCUUAACGCAGUGGAGACUGAAGCGGCGUCGGUGGGUUUGCGGUUCAACCCUGCCAAAUGCGCCACCCUGCACAUCGGCACGGGUGGUUGUGGCAGGGUUCUGCCGACGUCGUUCGGCAUCCAGGGCCAACCAGUGCGUCAUCUGGCAGAGGGUGAGCCUUACACCCACCUCGGUGUUCCGACGGGAUUCUCGAUCGACCAGACACCCUACGCCACCAUCGGGGACCUCCUCUCGGACGUUCGCGCGGUGGAUCGCGCCCUCCUCGCCCCGUGGCAGAAGUGUGAUACAGUCGGGACUUUUAUACCGCGGUUAGAUUUUCUGCUGCGGGGAGCCAGUGUGGAGAAGCGUCCCCUCACGGCCGCGGAUCUCGCGAUCCGGAGACUCGCGAAAUCCUGGCUGAAUCUCCCCCAGCGUGCCAGCGCGGAGGGGGUCUACAUGCCCCCGCGAUGGGGGGGAUGUGGACUCCUUCUGUUAGCUGAUCUGGCGGACGUCCUGUCGGUGGUACACGCCUUCCGUAUGCUUACGGCUGGCGAUGCCACCGUCAGGUGUCUCGCCUGGGAAUCACUGACGGAGGUGGUUCAGCGCAGGAUCGGCCACGCCUUUAGUUGCGAGAAUAUCGCCGCCUUCCUUUCUGGCUUCCAGGAAGGAAGGCUGAGGGGCGGAGGGGAAAAAUCCCUCUGGUCGAGGGCGCGGAAUGCCGCGCGAAGGCUGUCCGAGCGGUUGUCUCUGCGAUGGCGAUGGGUGCCGGAGACCGAGGAGAUGAUCGUCGAGUGCCGAGGACCCAGAAGUGCCGCGGUUAAGAUCCCACCUGGAGCGCGUAACCAGGUGGUGAAUCGGUUGCGCUCAGCUGUAGCCGAGCACUACGCGGAGCGAUUGCUCAACAAGCCCGACCAAGGUAAGGUCUUCGAGGUGUUGUCGCGAAUGCCAGUGAGCAAUCACUUCGUUCGCGGCGGCAGCUUCACCCGCUUCGCCGAUUGGCGCUUUAUACAUCGAGCUCGUCUCGAUGUCCUUCUCCUCAACGGUGCGCGGCGUUGGGGGGACGGCGACAAGCGCUGUAUGCGAUGCGGGGAGGUAUCGGAGACCUUAUCACUGCUCGGUCACUGUGGCGUCCAUGCUGCCGCAAUACAGCUGAGGCACAAUGCCGUAUUGCACCGCCUCUGGAAGGCUUGCCGUCUGCCUGGUGACAAACGGGUCAACCAGCGGAUUGAGGGCAUCGACGGGGAACUUGGGGAGCUACGACCUGAUCUCGUGAUCAGGCACGAGCUCUCCAAAAGUGUCGUCAUAUGCGAUGUCACGGUGCCCUUCGAAAACCGCUGGAUGUCUUUCGAGGAAGUCAGGGGGAGGAAAAUUGCCAAGUACUCUCCCCUGGCUGAGGAGCUCCAGCGGGGGGGGGGGGUACUGUGUCCUCGUGACGGCCUUCGUCGUCGGUGCUCUCGGGUCGUGGGAUCCGAGAAACGAGGCUGUCCUGAGGGUACUGCGGAUUGGCGAUCCGUAUGUCUCGAUAAUGCGGCGGUUGAUCGUCUCGAAUACCAUCCGCUGGUCCAGGGACAUCUACGUGGAGCACGUGUCUGGCGUCCGCCAGUACCAAGCUCCCUCUCGCCCCGCUGGUGA